CUUUCCGCUUGUAGUUCCACAACAGACUGCUGUGCUGUCAUUAGGGUUUCCCUUCUCUCCGGUGGGACAGGAGCAUUGUCUGAUUUUGCUUCCUGUCACAUUAUGACACAUUGGUGUUUAUAAUGUUUACCAGGUGGAUCUGCGAGCCGUAGGCUAUGGGUAAUGGGACUGAAACUGUCAAUACAACAUGAAGCCGCGGUCUUCAUAGUCAGGAGGCGCACACACUAAGGAAGUAAGGGCGACACUCGGAGAGGGCUACACUCGGGGUCCACGCACACACCGGAGGAAAGAUGCGGAAGUACAGUCCCUGGGCAUUCUUCCCCAUCCUGUUCUCUCUGUUAACUGCUGCAGGCCUCUGGGUUGUGUAUUUCAUCGCAGUGGAGGAUGAGAAAAUCACACCUCUCACUUCUGAGUACACGGGGGCGGACCACAAGUAUCCUCCAUACAUCAGUCUUGCAGGUGAUGCCCCUCCGGCCAGCUGCGUCUUCAGCCAGGUCAUGAACAUGGCUGCCAUCGGGGGCUUCAUCCUGGGUGUGUUGCGUUAUCUGCAGUUGAAGCCGCGUAUCCUGGUGCCCUGGAUAAACUCCGCCAGUCUGGUGGUGAUGUCCCUCGCCUGCUUUGGCAUGACGCUCGUCGGCAACUUCCAGCUGUCUAAUGACGAGGAGCUCCAUAACGUUGGGACCAUGAUGACCUUUGGCCUGGGGACGCUGUUCUGUUGGGUGCAGUCCCUCAUCACGCUCAGGCUGACCCCCCGUAGCGAGGGCCGCCGUAUCGCUAUCCCACGAUUCCUCCUGUCCGCAGCCAUCACCAUCUGCAUGAUGCUCUACUUCCUCCUGAUGUCUCAGCGUCUCCACACCCACGCGGCGCGUACCCAGUGGGCCCUCGUCAUGUUCUUCCUCCUCUUCCUCUCCUCCUUCGCCAUCGAGUUCCGCCACUACCGCUUCCAGAUCGUCUGCACCGACGACCAGGAGCCUCCUCUCAGCCAAUCAGAAACCUUCUCCGAGGUGUCGGAGUACCAGUCAGACCAGCUGUAGGAGCCCCAGCCUAUCACAGACCAGCUGUAGCACCCUCAGCCUGUCAGAAACCAGCUGUAGCACCCUCAGCCUAUCAGAAACCAGCCGUAGGACCCUCGGCCUAUCACAGACCAGCUGUAGCACCCUCAGCCUAUCAGAAACCAGCCCGGCCAGCUGUGGGGAGGAGCCCUGUUGUGUCUCAAAUGGGAUACACUUUACUUGACGCCGGCGUAAUACGUGUGGCAUGUCUCCUAACAGUGUCAUGAGUGUCGUAAGGCAGUCUUGGACGUGUCAUAAACAUUAUGUCAAUGUCAGAAUCAUUGUAUACUGUCCUUAAAGGGACAGUUUGGUCAAUUUCAACAUGCAGUUGUAAUGC